AUGAGGUUAACGUCCUUAAUGAUGUACAUAUCUUGGAUUUUGCUAUUUAUUUUGUGUAUAUAUAUUGGGUUUUCUCAAGCUGCACCUCGCAUCAGCUCUUACGAUGCGUCGCCUAUCUCUAGGAAGCCUCGUUCAGCCUCCGAGACCUUGGGGGCUCUCUAUAGCGCCAUGCCUGAUCGCUUACCUGGGAACAGGUUCAUUUCCAGGCCUCUAACGGGACUAAAACCUUCACCUACCAUUGUUUCCACCGGUGCGUCCAGCGGCACGGCACAAACCACCACUACUACCCUGGUUCCUAAAAUCGCAACCAGUUUUCAUCCUCAAACAACCGAUCCUACCACUCCAUAUACGAAAACCAUUUCUACAGCUACGGACAAAAUAACAACUCCACUCUCCAGAUUACGCGGCACCAAUAAAAGAUCCACUGAUGCACAAGCGUCGGUGUUUUUUCCGGAAAAAAUGCUCCAGUCCGUGGUCUCUAUGGUUUCCCAGGGCACAGCAAACAGGGACUGGUCCACUGAGAACAUCGGUGCAUCUCUUACUUCAAUCGAGAAUGGUCAAGAUGUUCUGUGUAACUGCAGCAGUGGCAGUGAAGGGAUCCUGGACCCAGAUGAGUGUGAUCGCAGCUCAGGCCAGUGUUCGUGUCUGCCAGGGUAUACUGGCCUGCAGUGCGAGGACUGUGAAGAUGGAUACUUCACCAAUGGCACCAGCGGCUGCCUCCCCUGCAGCUGUGACUCCUUUGGUGCUGUACACCACUUUUGCAACAGCUCAGGGAUAUGUGUGUGCAAAAUGGGAGUGUAUGGACCCAAAUGUGAUGAAUGCCACCCAGGCUUCUUCCGUUUCAGUAGCACGGGUUGCCAGCCAUGCCAGUGUCACAACCACACUAACUACUGCCACCCACAGUCUGGUGUAUGUCUGAAUUGCCUGGGUGGCACUCAAGGAGUCAACUGUGAGGAAUGUCUGGCCAACUUCUACCGAAAGCGCAGUGCUGCACUGACGGAUGCCUGUACCCCAUGUCCCUGCCCCAACACCACCUCCACGGGCAGCUGUCACACCAAUCCCGGUGGCUUCCCAGUGUGUGACCAGUGUCUUGCUCACUACGACGGCGCAGAGUGCGAUGAAUGUGCUGCCGGCUUCUACAGAGCGGCUGGAGUGUGUGCACCCUGUGACUGUAACGGGAACGCAGACCCCAAGGGCCCCUCCCAGCUCUGCCACCCUCACACUGGCCACUGCUUCAGCUGCAUUAACAACACCACAGGGCCCCAGUGCCAGCUGUGUGCCCCUGGUUUUACUGGGGAUGCUCAUGCCCACAACUGUACCCAGCUUGCACAGCAGCUCAUUUCCACACCAGCACUCUUAAUCACAACAGAGACCCCCCGGCUUCGCACAACCUCCCCUGCUACCACCCCCACCAGCACAAGCACAACCUCCACCACAGUCAGCAACACCCCAGCCUCCACCACCCACACCAACGCAAGCGCUGUGCCAAGUGUCGCCACCACCCAGACCCUGCUGACGAGCCUGAGCAGCCCCACAGACAACACCACAGCCGCCUUGACCGAGGUGUCCUGGACCCAGUUCAACAUCAUUAUCCUGGCUGUUAUCAUCCUGGUGGUGGUGCUGCUGUUGGGCUUUGUGGGAGGUGUGUACAUGUACAGAGAGUACCAGAACCGCAAGCUCAAUGCCCCCUUCUGGACCAUUGAGCUGAAAGAGGACAACAUCAGCUUCAGCAGCUACCAUGACAGCAUCCCCAAUGCUGAUGUCUCAGGCCUGCUGGAGGAUGAGGCUAGUGAGGUGGCGUCAAACGGCCAGCUGGCCCUUACCACACAGGGCAACUGCUACAAGGCUUAACAGCCCAUGGCAGUGAGCAGGUCAAACACCUCAACACAGAUGACAAAUAGCUGCUUUAUUACCAAACCCAAAGCUCCUUCGUGCAUAAACUUGGCUUACUCCACCCAGCUUAUCUCCAG